UGUGACUGACCUUGGCGUGACGGGGUCACGGGAAUGUAAGGCGCUUUUUGGGCACUGAUAAACCUUUAACUUUAAGAUUCGAGAACGGUUCGUUUCGGCCGCAAAGGAUGUCUUCUCAACCUGAUGGCCGCCCGGAAAAGCGACGAACGUUCCGAUUUCCAGAUAUAAGCUACACCCAGGAAAUCGAACAACCACAAACACCAUCCUCAUCCUCAUCCUGUUAUUCGUCCUAUCAAGUCUCAAAUCCUUCGACUCUUAAACGAAUGAAAUUAUUGCAAAGCCAGUACAUGCAUUUUCAUGUUGAGAAUGAUGAGUAUGUUUGCGAGCCACCGCCAUCUCCGGAGUCUUUGGCUCGGACCCAGACGAUCAUCGAACUUGUGGAAGAUGCGGUGCAGACGUGCCCAGACCGAAUUCAUCAGUACCUGGCUUUGUCCUCCACGAAACUGCAUUCGGUCUAUCCCGGGAAGACAAACGAUUGGGGUGUUAUCGAAAGGCUUCCGCCUCAGAACGCCGACAACAUCCUCCCAUUAGCCGAGACAGAAGAGCAGUGGGAUCGCUGGGUCCAAGGCAUUGAAAAACCACCAGCAGUUCCGAAAUGCCUUCCAUUUCCAAGAAGGACGUGUACCACGUCAAACCCCCCUCGCCCAAAACGUGCGACGGAGGCACAACACGAUUCGGAACGACCAGCGGGAUGGAGCCAAACACAACCAGAAACACAAGACUUUGGGUCACUGUCAUUUGGGGAAUCGUUCGUGCAAACUUCAACACCAAAGAAUCACCCGCUCACCUACAAUCCCAACCCUAGAGUUGCCGAUACCCAGACUGAAGAACGAACACCAACAUUAAAGCGACGUUCUUCUCCUUCGCAGACGCCGCUUGCGAAGCUACCCACAUUGAUGAGCUCAUGGAAGCUGCGGGCCGAGAAGAAGCGACGCAGAGCACUCGCCCGGUCGUCUCAGCUCUCAUUCGAGUAUCCGACACAGUCCGAUCAACUGCCAAAGACUCCAGAUCCAGAAUUCUGCCCGGCUUCUUCCCUGUCUACACCUCCACGGUCUCAAUCUCCACUAUCUCCGGACCCCCCUCGGGCUGUACAAGAUGGUGACAGACCUACUUCAACCAAAAAGAAGUUUAGCUCCUUUCAGCCCUCUCAGUAUGAGCCCCAAUUCGACAUUGAGAACAACGUAGACGAAGUGUUGCAGUUUAUAGACGAUGAU